AUGAUGCGGACGCAGUGUCUGCUGGGGCUGCGCACGUUCGUGGCCUUCGCCGCCAAGCUGUGGAGCUUCUUCAUUUACCUUUUGCGGAGGCAGAUCCGCACGGUAAUUCAGUACCAAACUGUUCGAUAUGAUAUCCUCCCCUUAUCUCCUGUGUCCCGGAAUCGGCUAGGCCAGGUGAAGAGGAAGAUUCUGGUGCUGGAUCUGGAUGAGACACUUAUUCACUCCCAUCAUGAUGGGGUUCUGAGGCCCACGGUCCGACCUGGAACACCUCCUGACUUUAUCCUCAAGGUGGUAAUAGACAAACAUCCUGUCCGGUUUUUUGUACAUAAGAGGCCCCAUGUGGAUUUCUUCUUAGAAGUGGUGAGCCAGUGGUACGAGCUGGUAGUAUUCACAGCAAGCAUGGAGAUUUAUGGCUCUGCUGUGGCAGACAAAUUAGACAAUAGCAGAAGCAUUCUUAAGAGGAGAUACUACAGACAGCAUUGCACUUUGGAAUUGGGCAGCUACAUCAAGGACCUCUCUGUGGUCCACAGUGACCUCUCCAGCAUUGUGAUCUUGGAUAACUCCCCAGGGGCUUACAGGAGCCAUCCAGACAAUGCCAUCCCCAUCAAGUCCUGGUUCAGCGACCCCAGCGACACCGCGCUUCUCAAUCUGCUCCCGAUGCUGGAUGCCCUCAGGUUCACCGCUGACGUUCGCUCUGUGCUCAGCCGAAACCUUCACCAACACAGGCUCUGGUGA